AUGUUUCCAAUACUAGGACUGUUUUUGGCAUCGCCGGCUUUGCCCAAAAUUUUGGACUUUAUCAAGCCGCUGAAUGGAACUAGAGAUCUGAUUUAUUUGUAUGAAACUGAAUAUUUUGUGGAUCAAAGGGAAUAUUAUCUGCCUAUUCUUUUGCACUACUACCUGUCGGUGCCAAUUUCUGUGGGUGGAAUUGUUUUUUUUGACAACAUGCUCGGGACGUUUAUACACCAUGAGUGCGCAAUGCUGGAAAUUUUGAGUCUUUAUUUGCAAAGAACGGUCAUAAAAUUGGACCAAACAAACGAGGCUCUCAACUACGGUGCCUUCACAAUGGGCUCCAUUUUCCAUCUUUUCUACAGCAGUUUUCAAGGACAAAUCCUAAUCACGCAAAUUACACAUGCGAUUGGUAUAACCUCCCAACAAUUACCAUCAGAAACUUCUGAAUAUAAUUCUGCUGAAAAGUAUCAAACCUUUCACCGUGAGUGCUGGAAAAUUGUACAUCUUAUUGAUGGACACCUUCAGUAUUAUAUAACCAGUUUAUGA